AGAGAAAGAAAUAUAUACGCCAUCUUAUUUUAAACACUCGCAUGCGCAUGACAGAGCUAGUUGCGUAUGAAAAGUGUCCGAAUUAUGAUUCGAAUAAUUUUAAAUAUUAGUGAUGUUCCUGUUGAUCUUAUUUUAAAUUGUCUCAUCAAUUGUAUUCCAAAAUUUUCAAGAGAUUUGUUAUUUUAUUACAAUUAUAUAUAUUUAUCAAAGAAAAAAAAAUACUGCUUAUAGUAAAUGCAAAUAAUAAAUCUAUAUGACUAUAUAAUAUUUUUUCUUAAUAUAUAUCUCAAAACACUAGCUUUCUUUCAAUAAUUUAUAAAACCACAACAAAAAUAUUGUUUGUUAUUAUUUGUUAUCAUUAUCAAUAUCGAUAAGGUAGAUUCGCAUCCUGUCAAGUUACCAUCGUUGCUUAGCGAGACCAAUCUAAUAAACUCAAAUUUCCUUGCCCUUUUAGCUUUCUUGUCUCUUUUUACUCACGGCGCACAGCUGUGUGUCGCAUAGUUUUCGUGUUUCGCGAGAUUAUUUGUCUCGAGAAAUGUCAGAAAUAGGAGGACAAUUUUCGCAAUCGGAGCACAAUGUCAGAGGCAAGUGACGCACUAGAAUUUUUCGCGACGAGCUAUUUCUAUAAAAUGAUGUCAAGCGGAUAAAUUAUGCCACGAAAAGAGAACACCAAAGCGAAAACAUGGGAGCGAGACCGAAGAAAUCGUAUGAACACAUAUUUCAAAACAUUAGCGGAUCUUCUACCGCCGCAUCAGGAAGGUCGCAAACUCAACAAAGUCGACAUUCUAAUCCAUGCUACAAAAUAUAUAAAAGAAUUACACAAUCGUACCGAAGAGUUAUUCUCUUCUCAUGCGAGCGAGGCACACAAGGAAGAAUUGGUUCGUUUAAAAAAACUCGUGACUCAACUAAUGUCUCGUACUCAAUUAUUGUCCACUCUUCUCAAAGAAGCAGGAAUUUCUAUACCAGCUGAACCAGCUCUUGAAAAAAUAUCCCCUUUGAAAUGGUCGAAUAAAUUUAAUGUCGACGAUGUAGAUAAAUAUUUUGAUAAGAUUGAAGAAAAAAAAACUGUAGGAACAAAAAAGAAGGAAAAAUCUGUGGAAAAUAAAGUGCCUUCUAAGAGAAAAUCUGUGACAUCAUCGGCUACAAAAAAGUUGUCCGAGGAAACUGCUGACAAGAAUGUCUGUAAUUCAAUAGAAAAUCAAGAGAACCGGGUGAAUUGUGCCAAUAGCAAAAAUUAUAAUUCUGAUAGUACAAGUAGCAUAGCUGAAACUGACUUGAAGGAAACAGGACAUUGCCACAAUGAUUCUAUUAAUGAAGCCACCACUACAGGUAGAACAAAUACAAAGAAGAAACCUGUGGAAAAGAAGAUUGAAUCCCAGAAAGCAUUGAAGAAAAAAAGCAAACGUAAAGAUAAGAAAAAAUCACCUGUAGCCAGCACUGUCACUAAUUUAACUCCCAAUACUCUCAUUUUCUCCGAUGGGAAGUUGAUGCCCUUGGUAGCUCCGAUGACAUCGAAUAUCAUUGUAAAUACGCAGCAAGCGCCAACUAAUCCAAUAAUUCUCAGUAGUACGCAGCAGAAUCAGAUGAUUGUCAUGCAGCCUUUAGCAAAUCGCGUUCAAAAUUCCGUCGUCUCUAUAUGUAAUCAUGCUUUGAUAAAUACCAUGCAAAAGGUUACCUUGAACACUGUACCGGCUAUUCACGCGAAUAUGGUUGUCGAUUCUCACAGUUCGGUGUCCAAUGUGAAGAAUAUAAUCAAUGCCACGAAAAUUGGCGGGCACAAAGGUAUCUUGCCGAAAAGUAAGGAUAUUACAAAGACAACCAUGACUUAUAAAAUGCCUAUCCCAGCGAUACACAAGGAAAAAUUGGAGAAGCCCAAAGAUAAUGCAAUUAAAAAAGAAUCAGAAAUAAAAAAAAGUUGCAAAAAUCACUCCAAGAUCCAUAAAAGUGUUCCGAAUACUGAGGAAAAUAUCGAGAGAAAAUCAUCGAAAGAAAAUAGUGUCAAAGUUCAGGAAGAUGCAACUGUGCGAAAGGCCGCAUUUAAACGCACUUUAUCCGCAGAAUCCGAUUCCGCGGAUGAACCGGAAGACAAAAAGCGGAAAGAUACAAACGACGAAAUAAAUAUCACUCAACCGAUCGUUUCGAAAGCAUCAGAUUUUACUAUUACUUGCAAAUCUAUCGAAAGUUUGAAAUAUGUUAUAGAGAAAAUAGGAGAAAAUAUCCGAGAUGAGAACGUAAUCGCUAAGGAAAAAGAAUCUAAUGUUAUGGAAUCAAACGGCGCGAUUACGCAAGUGGCGAAUGAUGUGAGUCAUGAAAAAAUGUCUGAAACAGACAAAUUGAUAAAUACUGUGGACACAAAUUGCCUCGAGAGAGACAAGGAAACAAUCGAGGAUAAUGUGACAUCAGAAACUGUUGUUUCAGACAAGUAUCCCAACGAAUUGCAUGAGACGGAUAGAGGUGAGACGGAUCAAUCGUCUAACAAUUUUAAUGUGUCAAUAGACGAUAUUACGGAGAAGAAUGACGAAAACGCGGAAAAUUUAAAUGCGAAAUCAACUUUAACGGACAUUGACGUCGCGGAGAAAGCUGCAGGUUCGGAUGAGCCAAAGAAGACUUGCAAUCUAGGCAAGCGUUUUGACAAUCUUCUACGCGCGACGACGGCCAAGGAGCAGCAGCAGACACAAUGUGACACAAUGUGCACUCCAGAUAGCAAUAAAAUUAUUCUAAAUUUAGACACUAAUACUACGACAACAAUGAAAUCCGACGCGAGUGCGAAUAUUGUCGACACCAUGGAAUCAGUACCAAUAUCUUCAUCAUCGUCAUCAACAUCAUCAUCGUCAUUAUCAUCGUCAUCAUCGUUGCUAUCUAACAAUGUAAUUAACGACGAGGGUAAAUUGACAAAGAUUUCGAAGGACGAGAUAUCAAAAUCAUUAUCGUAUACCAGUGAGAAUACAUUUGUACCAAUCAGCAACAGAACUGAUGGACUACACUCGGAUUUGUCCAAUGAUAUAUUUGCAUCAUUGCAAGUUCCUUCUAGUUCGCAUAAUUCGGAAUCGAUAUCGCCUACAGCGGCAUUCUUAAUGUCUUUCCCAUUAGUGUCGUCUCUGAACGGUAAGACCGAGGUUCUGGACGAAGAGAUGAAAGAGGACUUCAAGUAUCACAGUCAGACUCCGCCGAUGUUAUUGCAAAUCGGCACCAUAGAGCCAAAUAGUUUCAAGAUUAAGACGUCUUCACCAUCUCACGCAAUCGCGGAGAAACGAUUAAAAGCAUGCGAAGAAAAGCAAGUCGCAUCGACGAACACGGACAUUGCCCCUGUGGAGUGCACGACAAAGGCGUUGCCGAAAGUGAUGAGCGAGGAGACGUUGCGGGAACCGUAUAAAAUAGUUCAGACUGUCCUAACAUCGAAUUUGGAGAAACCUGUGACGACUACCAGUGCAUUUUUUUCUCACACCUCGGUCAAUUUCACUGUGGAUUCCUCGUGCAUCUCUUCUAGUUUAGCAAAUCAAAGUCGUCCCGAUCAACUGACGACAACGAACACAUUGAACAGCGCGAAUAUCGUUUCAUCUCAAGCAUCUCAAGUGAAUAUUUCUGCAUCUACGGACAAGAACAAUAUUGUGGAUUGUGUGUCACAAGCAACGAUAAACCAUAAUCCUGAUGUGACGUAUUCCGGGGCGUCAAACUUCUUGCCAAACUAUUCGGUAAGUAACAGCCUCGCAACGUCGCAACAUACACCGAGCUCGUCCGUGUAUAAGAACGCCAUCAUGACGCAGAAUCCGAAUAUCACAUCGAUUGUUUCGCGUAUCGAAACCACCGAUAACUCUCAGAAUCUGUUGGAUACUCGUCUCGAUUGUGCUACAGUGACCACGAAUUCCUCGUCCGCGACUUUGCGAUCUUUUCAAGUGGAUUAUUCAGAUCAAGGAAAGAACAAAGAUUCGCAAAAUUCAUCGCAUAUUACUUAUCCGUCACACAGCAAGGUCGCGCUUAUCAAUUCUGGCGGCAUUGUUUCCGAUCACCGUGUCGAUUACGCCAAUCAGAUAGAUCGAAGUCUUCCGACAUCUCAGAGCCUGCCAAACUAUUCUACAGCAACCAAGGAAUGUUCUCUUCCAACCUUUUCUUCUCAGGACAUGCAACCCGUCUACAAUCAGGCCAAAGAUAGCCACGUUCUCUUAGAUUUGAACAAUUCUCAGCAGACGUUUGAUGUUAACAAGAAACAAGAGCAUAUUAUCGCGAGCUCUCAUAAUGAUUAUGUACAAGCGAAAACGAUAUCGCAAAAGGACUCGAUAUCGUACACAAAUAAUGAGACAAAUGAGGCUACGAGCACUUCAUCGCGAAACCAGAAUUACGUCACGAAGGCCGUGAAUCAAGAAAAUCCAUUCCAACGAAGCUACAUCAAGCUGAGCAAGAGUACAGACACAUCAGACAAUCCGAAUCAGGCGGAUCAGAAGACAAAACUGAACGGUGUGCUAAGCUCCAAAUCUCAGGAACAACAACAACGGCACAAUCACAUACGCGAUUCGACUUAUGUUCCCGCAAAAAAAGUGGAUGUAGAUUCGUUUGUCCAAUCGUUCCAAUACGAUGUUAAGGAGACGAUGAAUAAUUCGAGCGAUCGAACAAAUGUUUUAAAUACCGACAAUACGCACAAUAAUUAUGUCUCUUAUACCAACAGUAAAGAUAACAAGAAAACGAACGCUGUUGUUUCGGCAAACACCAUGGCCAACAGUAAUAAGUUAACAGCUAUGCAGCAAAACGUCGUUCCACGCUACUCGCAACAGACGUCGUCCAACUAUGAACAGAGUACGAUGACGGAAAAUCACGCCAAGUCCACUACCACCGUUGCUCAUAACUCGUCCAACUUUAGCAUUCUCUCGUGGACAACGUUUUCACCGGUCAGCGGCAGUGGCGGUGGCAGUGGCAGCAACAAUAACAAUAAUUUGAUGCAUUUUGAGCAAGUACAACCGCAUUCGAACGAGAACACCGAGGCGAAGGCUAUCUGUGAGAGUUACAAUUACAUACCGUUACAUAAGGAGAAUGCGAGUUUCCCCAAUCAAUUGAUCAGCGAUGAUUAUCCAACCGUAUCAACUGGAAUCGAUAAGUUGCGACAAGGAAAGAUUGAACAACAGAAACAGUCUUUUGUCGAUACUUCGAAAACCAGAAACGAUCCGUCGAAACAACCGAAUAGGAUGCAGAAUCCACAAACUGGCAACGAUUAUAAGUUUUCAGAUAGUGGUAAAAGCAAAAAUAAGUACAGCAUGGACUCGGACUACAAUAUGCAGAACGAGUAUAACACCGGCAUGAGUCAGCAGUCCCAGCAGCAUGGUCCGAAGAAUCAUCAGAAUCUAUCAUCUAAGCAAGAGAAAAUAGUUUACACUUACGAACCGCAUAAUUUUGAUUUAGCGGAAAGUAAUGUACAGAUGAAAUACUCAAUCGAGGCUUACACUGGUGCGAAUUUUAAAUACGGGGAGAAAACGACGCAACAGCCGAAUCAGCAAAAAUAUCAGACUCUUACCCAAGGACAGAUUUCUGUUUUGCCACACGACAACGGAAGCUACAAUAGCAGUGACGUGAAGCAUAGCCAGCAGCAGCAACAACAACAAUCGCACAGUAACAACAAUAGCAACAAGUCCAAAAGUAAUCAGCAUCCACAGCAUGCAGUCAAGGCGCCGGUCAACUGGAUGAUGACGCCAGAGAUAAAGCACAACUCUUCGAAUAUUGCCGAUAUUAUUUUACCGCCGAUUGGCAAGGAGCUGGAGUUCUGUCAAAACAAUUUGUUCACCCAAACGCCUGCGUACAAUCAAGGCACUCCGAAUCAAUUCUAUAAUAAUUACGAUGCAGCCACCGCUCAUAGCUUUCCGAAUCUGCCGGUUCUGCAAAGUGACCCGAAGAGAUCCGCGGAAACUUUUUACUCGGACGAGCAACCGUUUCCGUGGUCGCCGACGAAAAAUAACGUGCACAAUAGCGUAGAACAUGUGAUUGGCCAGUCAUCGAUCAAAUGUAUCGAUCAACAUAUUGUACCGUCAAGUCUGCAAUCUCUAGUGAGUGAUCUCGAUCUGAGCGCCAAUCUGACGGAGAAGCAGAAUUUCUUGUUUGCUACCGCAACUCCUUCAUCGAGGAUCUCCACGGAGCAAAGUAAGGAUACAUCCACAAAGGAAAAAGAAGCGAGCAAUGUAUCAGGGCGGGAUUUGCAUGCGAUACUGAAUACUCAGAACGCGCAACAUUCGGCUUCCACCUUUCUAUCUGUGAGUCAACUGGUAGAACAUGAAAAGGCAGAGAAGAAUCAUCAACAGCAAAGUCAUCAGCAACAUCAUCAGCAUCACCAUCCGCAUCAGCAUUCGCAGCAGCAACAACAGCAGCAGGCUAGGAAACAUCAGAGGAAGAACAACACGAGUCCGAGAACGACUAGUAAACGACAAAUGGAUAUUCGCAAGUCUACUACGACCAACGACAACUUGCAUCAGAGGCACGAGGAACAAAAAUCUUCUGGACCUGUGUUUACAGAACAGAAUUACCAACAACCGCAACAACAGCAGAAAUAUCAGCAGAAUAACGUUCAUUGGAGAAGCAGGAACUGUAAGAGUAAUUAUACUGCAGAGGCGUUGAUCGGAACCAGCGUUCAUGAUGCUGGUAGUCAUCAUCAGGACAAGCAUGCGUCGAUCAAGUUUACGACCAACUAUCCGCAGAAUAAAUUCCAGAAUGGUCUGUCUGCCACCGCCGCCGUAGAUGCUACGGUAAUGCCAAUCAAUUAUUUUUCGAGUGCGCCACCACCGGACGAUGGCACCGCAACCGGUUACAGUCAAUCAAUGGUCAAUCAAAACUUUAAUACGUACGCAUAUUCGUCCAAUUCCGCCAACUCUAUAUAUCCCACCGGCAAUUUUAUCACCAGCAUCUCCACCAACACAUCUAACAGUUAUAUAGGCAUGCAGUUGCACGAGAACACCACCGAUUACACUGUGCAAGAGGCUAACAGCUUCCUGUUGCCAAACAUGGGAGGCACGAGCUCAUCUAGCACCGCGAAUACAUCCAGUGCGAACACAAUUUCCACCACGGCGAAUGCUAACGGGAAGACACAUCAGCACUAUGGAAAACAUCCCAAUUGCGACAAACGUUCGUAUUCCACUGCCGCGAAGAAGGGCAAACGAAAGAGCGGUCUGGAGGCUGGUCCGAUGCAGAAUCUUGCGGAAUUUCCAUUGUCCGGCAUCAAUUCUCCGUUGGAGGAUUAUCAUCAUCACUCGGCAACGUUUUUGCCGCCACCGCCUCCACCGCCACCCCACACUAAUCCUCUUUAUCAGAAUCAUCCGCAAACAAACGUAUAUGCUAAAACUGUCAACGGUCUUCCACCACCCCCGCCAUCAGCUAUGAGUGCUCAGAGUACCGCGACCGUGGGAGCAACUAGUUUCUCGAUGAAUUCCAACAUGGUGCGCGGAGGAAUCGUCUCGAGCAAUCCGAUGGCUAUGCCACAUCAUCCCUCUGGCGGCACCAGUCUCACAAAUUUCAAUUUAACCACGAUAUUCCCUGAAAUGAAUGAUAAGGUCACCGGAUAUAAACCUUCGAACGGUAUACCAUCCGGCCUAUCGCAGACUGCAUCUAAUCAGACUGCGAGCUAUACGCAACGAACUAAUUAUCCGUCAAACUCUUUGUGUCACUUGCCGCAGCCAUGUUUAUAGAGUUUCUACAUAUAAUGAUCCGAUUAUGUGUAUGAGCGUUUAUAAAAAAUAAUAUGUAUAUAUGUUAUUUGUAGGUAUUGGAAAGUGCGCAAUUCAUUAAUAGCGUUCCACUACUUUCCAUUUUCUUUUCUGUCUCUACAUUUCGGCGCACACAUACACACGGAAUAAUUCAUUAUAAAAAUCUAUCAACAGGAUCAUAAUUUGUGAUACGAUCAAUCGUCAUUUGUACAUAAUGUAUAUAAUGUGUAUUAGUCAUUAAAUAAUGUGUAUUAUUUAACAUAUCAUGUAAAUAA